UACCAGCCCAGUGCGGCGGCACCUGACCGAGCCGAGCUCGGAGUCCCAGCCGCAGUGCGUGGUCAGGUCCAAGAGCAGGGCCGUCACGCUGCCCGCGGCGGCGACGCGGAGGACGGAGCCCGCCGUGCCGAUGUCCCAUCGGCGGUCGUUUGUCCCAACGCGGAUGAAAACCCCGCUGCUCGCGGAGCUCGCGGAGCCCGGCAGCAACCCAGCGUCGGACGACGAGGGCAGCCCGCGCCUGGACUUCGGCGUCGGCGCGAGCAGCCCGAGCACAGGCGGGCCCCGCGCGUGGGGCGGCGGCAGCAGCAGGAGCUUUCUGGUGACGGUGGGUGUGCCCUCGUCCGAGGCGCUUGGCGAGCUGUACGACGAACUGACCAGCCUGAGAUCCAAGGGCACCCCGCGGGUCGCCGCUGGCCUGGGCGCCCUGGACAUGCGAGGGGCGAUCUGGCGGCUGAAUCGCGACUACGACUUCGGGCUGUCCGUGGACGACUACGAGCGCCUCCACGCCUUCCUCGAGCGCGCGCCCUCCCCGACCGGCGCCGAGGACGACGUCGUGGCGGCAGGCGGCGUAUCGCGCUCGCGGUUCGUGGCCGGCACCCGCACGCUGGCCGAGGUGCUGAGGAGGGUCGAGCACACUGCCCAGCUGGACCUGCAGCAGCUCAAGAUGGUCUUGAUGGGCGCCUUCGAGCGCUUCGACCGCGACAGCAACGGCAAGAUCGACGUCCACGAGUUCGACCUCGCCCUGCGCUGGAUCGGCGUGAAAGUGGACCACGCGGACUCCGAACUGCUCCACCGCUUCCUGGCCCCCGACGGCAACUCCGAGGAUCUCGCGGGGGACGACCCCGCGGGGGACGCCACCGCGAGCAGCGCGAUCUCGCAUUGCAGCCUGGGCCGGAACCUGAGCAUGUGGGAGCAGUGCGACCUCGCCCUCAAGGCGUCCUGGAAGCGGUUCUGCAAGACGAGCGGCCUCGAAGGCCUUCACGAGCUCCUGCACCUGCUCGUUGUGAACGUGUGCUGCGAGAUCGUGCCAUCCUCCAGCUGGAACGUGAGCGCCAACGCAUACUGCGACUGGUCCCCGAAGACGAGCCGCAUCCGCUGGCAAAGGCCGUGGUCCGAGAGCUGCACCGGCAGGAAACUGAAGCAAACCACCAGCGGCAAUCCCAAAAGUCGUGUCGACCACGGCUCUUCCUCCAUGCGUAUGAACAACAUCAGCUCCAUCGAGAAGAUCACAACCAACUUGCACUUCAGACCCCGCGCCAACAUACCGAACAUCAUCUGCUAUUUCUUCAACGGCCUCAAGUUCGCCGACGCCUCGGUCUGGGGCGUCCGGAGAGAUGCCAUGCCGCCGGUGGUGGAGCUGGUGGGCGUGGCGUCUUCCACAGAGGGGGCGUCGAAGUGCAGGCGCCAGGGGUCGAAGGGGCUCCGCGGCUGCCUGGCCGAGGGGAGGCAGCUCGUCACGGCCGUGCAGCGGCGGCGUGAGUGGCAGUGGCAGUGGCAGCGGCAGCAUCCCAAGCCGCAGUACGGUCGGACCGAGACGGGCACGGAUUGCACUGCCAAGGCCUGCAACGUCCAGAGCAUCACAUCUCCGCUGGGUUGCGACUGCCUCUGCGCUUUCCUCGCAGCCGCAGUGCCUACGGAGGGCAGGCCCCGGCAGCCCGCCGGCCCCACCCUCCUGGCGCGCCGCGGCGCCAGCCCGAGCGCGGGGCGCCCGCCGCAGAAGCCCCGCGGCGCGCGCCCGCGGCCGGCGGCGGCGCCCGCGGGCUGCGAGGGCGAGCGAGGCCCCUCGAGCCCGAGCCGUCACGACCUGCCCGCCGUGGACGGCCCCGGCGGGGACGUUGUUGGCAAGGGGGCGAUCUCGCUCUUGCAGGAGUUCGUGCAGUGCUCCAAGCAGUUUCACGUCGCCCCCCAUCGCCAGAUCCUGCAGUGGAGCUUCGACCAGCGGAUGGUCCACAACACCAAGCUGGAGUUCCGAGCCCUGGUGGCCUUCGCGCUGGACGGGGUGCCGCACCACGCGGCGGGCGCGUGGCACGCGUCCAAGAAGCUCGCCCAGCGCGACGCCGCCGAGCGCGCCCUCGGCUUCUUCGUCACCGCCUGGGCCGAGGCCCUGCUCGCGGAGGAGCCUGCGCGGGCCGCGGCGGAGCCCGCCUCCGGCCCCCCCCGCGGCGGCGCGGGCCUCGCCGGCGAGGGGGCUCCCGAGGAGUGCAAGGUCUUGGAGGACUUCUGCGGCCGCAUCCCCGUGUGCGGCGGGCCCGCGGCGAGGCCGCGGUGGAGCGUCAGCUGGGACGGCGGCAACUGCCGCGCGACCGUGGAGAUCGAGGUCCUCGGGGUGGUCCACAAGUUCGCUGGCGCCUGGCGCGACGCACAGGCGCCGGCGCAGGCGGACGCUGCGCGUCGGGUGCUGUGGUAUCUUGGCUGCCCUGGAUUUGGCAGUCUCUUCGAGCUGGACCAGGACGGUCCCGCCAUGGCCGGCAGGGACAUACCGCUGCCGCCGCCCAACUGGGCCACCGACGACUCCGAGAACCGCGCCAUUCAUAAUGCUGAGCGGAGGACGAUCGUGAUGCGACUGCAGAACCGCUUACAGCAGGCACUCGCGGGGCAGCUGCGACCAGGACAGGGCGUGUGGGAGUGGACCUACGAGACAGACGGUCACGAUUCCAAGCAGCCGCCGCUCUGCCGUGCAGCGGUAUGCAUUCCUGCCGUCGGCAGAAUUUUCACAGGCUCUUGGGAGAGCAGCCAACGCGAAGCACAGAUCGCCACGAGCCAGCAGGUAGCUGCUUUCUUGGAUGCCUGGGAGGACCACGUGGACCGCGAUGGUGCGUCUGUGUCAGCAGGGCCCCCCGCUUGA